ACCGGUUCAAUACAUCUUUAAUAAGUAGGAAUGUAUUAACACAGAAAGAUGUGCGAUUUAAAUGAGUUGUGGUUAAAUGUACUAAAAAUAUUUCCGAUAUUAGGCGGAGAGGUUACUUUUCCGCCUGAUCCUAUUAAAGAUGAAGUCUUUGAAAAUGUUUACCGGCAAAUGUCAAACAUGGGCAUUGCCAAAACAAUAACAUCUAUAUUGGACAUGGAAGUUGAGUCUGCAAUUCGUAAUGUGCUUGUUCCCAAGUUUUGGAAACACUUUAUUUCUGAAGGAGAACCACAUAAGGUCAAGCAUGACAUGAACAUUGCAGCUUUUACUGAUACAAAUGCAUUGUUCUUCACAUUUAUCUAUGCAAUUGAUGAACUAUAUGAUGCCUAUCAAUGCCUUGAGAUGAUAAAACCCAGAUUGUUCUAUCUUAAUCAAAGCGCAAACUCAACCUCAAAUUUGAACACAAAGAUUACCUUGCAUAAUGCACUGCUAGCGCAAUUGCCGCCAUCGUUUAAUAACUUUGUUUGUGACUUUUACUGCGUACAUUUUCGGCUUUUUACCAAGGACUCAACUUUAUCCUUGAAUACACUUGAUUCUGAAGUAUUCACGGAACUUCCUUGUUCUGGCUGUAACGUUGAUCUCGAUCAAUGCUGCUGCCAAAAGCUUACAGAAAUGGUGAACGCAACAAAUAUGAAAUUAUUGAAGAUGGGGUUGAUUGACCGCUUGGCAGGAAGCGCUUUGACAGCUUUAAUUAAGGUGAAGAUUAAGGAACAUAUUAACGACACCUGCGUUGGAAUUUUUGAUAGAAGCCAUCUUAAACAACUUGAAACGUGGAUUAACGAUGUUGUAAUGAUAUGGCUAACAAGCAUUUUCACAGAAUGGAAAUCAAGGGACGAUAUAUCUCAAGAGAAAAUUCCCAAAUCGGUUCAAGCAUUUAAGGUUAAACUAACAUAUUUCAUGUAUGAAACUUUUGCUCAAAAUGUGAUAAGUCAAUUUUUCAGCAUAAUAAUCGAUUACCCAGAUUCUUCGCCUGCCAUAGACGAUUUAAAGAUUUGCAUGGAGAAAAUAGAUAUGCGAGUUUACUUAACCGAAUCAUUAAGAAGUUCGCUAGAGGCACGAAUUCUGCAUCCCGGUGUCAACACUAUGGACAUAUUGACAGGGUACGUUGCUGCAAUUAAAGCCAUUCGUCAUCUAGAUAACACUGGAGUGAUAUUAGAAAUAGUUACGGCUCCAAUAAAGGAUUACUUACGAAAACGCACCGAUACAGUAAGGCGAGUUGUCACUGGUCUGACUGAAGAAGGACCAACGGAUCUGUCUGAAGAGUUGGCUAAAGGAGAAUUUAUAAAGUUUGGCAAAGAUUCUCAUUUAAAUGAAUUUAGCGAUUGGGAAACUUGGGAACCGGAUCCUUUUGGAAUCGAUCCGGAUGUCUUGAAGUUAAACAGUUCAAAACUAAUUCGAUCAGCCGAUAUUAUAUCAAUGGUGGUAGAUAUUUAUGGAAGUAAAGAAUUAUUUAUGGUCGAAUAUCGCAAUUUGAUGGCCGAUAGGUUAUUGUCACAGCUUGACUUUAAUUCAGAAAAGGAAAUUCGAAAUCUUGAACUCUUAAAGAUAAGAUUUGGUGAAUCACUUUUACAUAGUUGUGAAGUAAUGCUAAAAGAUGUUACAGAUUCAAAGCGCAUCAAUUCUCACAUCCAUGGUGACGGCAAUUGUGAUGAAAGUCCAUUAUUUAACAUUUCGUCACUAAUAAUUUCGGCUCAAUUUUGGCCGUCAUUUAACAAGGAGAGUUUACAAUUACCCGAGGAACUCGAAAAUGAAUUUAAGAAAUUCACGAAAGCUUAUGAGUCUUAUAAAGGAAACCGCACACUCAAUUGGCGCACAGUGACCGGACGUGUAAACAUUGUCAUCGAAAUAGGCGAAAGAAUAUUGGAAAUGACGGUGCCACCAACGCAGGCUGUAAUUAUUUACCAUUUCCAGCAUAAAAGUGAAUGGAGUAUUGAAGAACUCAGUAGCCUCAUAAAAGUGCCCCCAUCCGCACUUAGGCGACGAAUAAGUUUUUGGCAAAAUCAUGGACUGAUUGCAGAGAUAGAACCUGGCAUUUUUGCACUUUUGGAGAAGGAAUCUGAAAAGACACAGUUCGAAGAGGUUAGCAUUACAGAUGCCGACGAAGAGGACUUGGAAUCGGCGAUGGCCUCUGCUAGUGAUCAAAGGGAAGAAGAGCUUCAAGUUUUCUGGUCUUAUAUUGUUGGCAUGCUCACAAACCUGGAUUGUAUGCCGAUUGAUCGUAUUCAUCAAAUGCUUAAACUGUUCGCUUCGCACAGUGGAGGAGUGGAAUUUACCCAGGAAGAACUAAAACAUUUUUUACAAAGGAAAGUUCGCGAGCAUAAACUUUUAUUUUCUGGUGGUGUUUAUCAAUUGGCUAAAUAAAAUAAGCUUAUUUGCUGAAUACUAAAUAAUA